AAAGAGGGCAAGUGAACCUAAGGCGCCGUGGAACGGAGAAGUUAAACACGCCGAGCAACAUGCACUUCGCCUACUGCCGACAUUGAAGGUCGCGGUGACGAUCGCGGGACUGGUGUUUACCAUUUGCGGUACGCUAUUUAUCGUUUUUCUACAGCCGGCCAGCCGCGCUCUAGUGGAAGUGUUAAAGUGUCGAAAACUGUAGACCAGUUUUCUGUGGCGGGUCCCUCUAGAGCACCCCAAACGCCUGGCCCCCCGCGGGGUUGUCCGACUCUUGGCUGGUCUUGGUUAGUUAUAGGUGCAACUGCUGAUUAGACUGGCUGGCGAGUGCGUGUAAAUUAUUUGCCACCUGAUAUUGAAUCCAGAAACAUGAUCCAGGGCAGGACGCUCGGUCAGGCGACAAAGCCACCGGCCAAAAGUGGUAAUGAUCAGAGCAGUGCGGCGGCGACGGCGGCGGCGUCGUUAAAGUUCGUCUACGUGCCGCAAAAGAUCGAGGUGUACGAGUGCGAGACGGCCAUCUUCCAGUGCAUCAUCGAGGGCUACCCGGCGCCGGCCAUGUGCUGGCAGCGCAACGGUGCCCCCCUCACGCCAUCCCGCACCGUCUCCGUCCAGAGCAAGGGUUCGCUGUGCACGAUGAAGAUCCACAACGUCACGCCGAAGGACUCGGGCCAGUACCAGCUGGUGAUCGAGAACGACAGUGGGCGGGUGGAGCGCACGAUCGAGCUGCUAGUGCUGGAGAAGAUACGUACGAUCAACCGGAUCAAGCGGAACAGUGUGCCCGCGGUCGGUAGUAUACGCAUCUACCGGCACAUCAACGACUACGCGCCCCAGGUCGGCGAGUACAUCAUCCUGAACGCGGAGUACUACGCACCGUCCAUCCCGUCCGUGCGGUGUUUCCACAAUGGCCGAGAGCUGGAUGAUGGACGGGUGUUCCACCGGAGCGUCAGCCAGCGCAACCUGUCGCUGAUACUGGAGAAGGCGAAGCCGAGCGACUCGGGCACGUACACGUGCGUGCUGGAGACGAUCGACGGCUGCAUGAAGGUGAUGUCGGCCGAGAUCGACGUGCAGGAUCCCAAGUGGUCCGUUCCGAUCGAGAAAAUGCCGCAGAUCGUGCGCGAGCUACCGAAGGUGAUCACCGUCACCGAGGGUACGGAGGUCGAGCUGGCCCUGGAGGUGUACUGUUCCGAGCUGUUCAAGUGUCUGUGGAAGCGAAACGGACGCCCGGUGAAGGAUUCGGCGGACUUUGCAUACGUCGACCAUGGCAACGGUAAGCUUGGUCUGCGGUUAAAGGAUCUAUUCAUGGACGAUGCCGGCCUGUACGAGUGUGUCAUCGAAACCGCGAAACAGCAGCUUACCUCCAGCUGCUAUGUGGACGUCCUGGAACUGGAAGAUCAGAAGCAUCCACCGGGGGAAGCUUCUUCCCGGAUAUCCGCACGCUUCGUACGCUUUCCACUACCACAGAUCGCCCUCGAAGGGGACAACGUGGAGUUUUACGCCUGCGUGCAGCCACCUGACGCGCGCAUUCGAUGGUUUGUACGCGGAACGGAAAUCACCAGCGGUACCAAAGGUUUCUCGCUCGAGUCCCGCGACGACGGUGGCAACAUUCUGCGAAUAUUCAACACCGGCUACAAGCAGAGCGGCGAGAUUAAGUGUUGCAUUCCUUGUGCGUCCAGCGAAUCCAUCCGGCAGGUCGGUGCUUAUGCGGACCUGUGCGUCCUGCCGAAAGCGUACGCCACACAAGGUGGGACGGAGCGGAAGGAAAUCGAACGGUACGGGCUGGGACAGAGGAAGCUGCGCUUUCUGCACGGCCUCCAGGACGAGGUGGUUCUGCAAGGGGACGACGUGAUUAUCGAGGCCUGCUACCAGGGUCAGCCACCGCUGGAGCCACGGUGGAAGCGGUCGGGUCGAUCCAUCACCGAUAGCAAUGCAACCGCAACCAACCUGCCCGGCCGGACGCGUCUACUGCUGACGAGUGUCGAGCCGGCCCAGGGUGGCAAGUACACCGUCCAGCUCGACAACGCGUGCCCGGAGACGGAACUGUCAAUGUGUUUGCGCGUCGAAUCUCCACCGGAAGCACCGGCCGGGCGGCCCACCGUUGCCGUCGCAAACCCGACCGCCAUAGCCGUAUCCUGGAAUCCUGCACCGUACGACGGAGGAAGUGCCAUAACUGGAUUUGUGAUCGAGAUGGAACAACGAGAGGAUGAGCGUUGGGUGUGCGUCAAGCGUGUGCCGAAUUCCUUCUCGUGCGUUAUCGACGGUCUGCAGGAGGGCGACCACUAUCGGUUUCGAAUACGGGCCGAAAAUGUGCACGGUUCGAGUCCACCAACGCCGGCGAGCGAUCGGAUCGCACUGAUCGAGAUAAGGCGAGCGAACGGCAACACCUCCGGUAGUCGGGUAGAGCUUCCGUCGACGAGCAGAACAUCGAGCGGGGGCAGCAUCAGUAGCGAGGGCAUCGGCGAGUAUGGUUCGCCGGAGCUGACCGCGGAACAGUACGACGAAUCACUGACGUCACCUUCGCCCACGAUGAUGCACUUCCCCUCGGGGAGCAAUUUCGACGAGCAGUUCGAGGUGGUGAAGGAGGUCGGCAAGGGUCGGUUCGGUGUCGUGUACAAGGUGAUCGCUCGCCAGGGCGAAACGGUGAUGGCGGCCAAGAAGGUGAAGUGCAUCCGCAAGAAGGAUAAGGAACGCGUCUGGCAGGAGACGGCCAUCAUGGAGGGGCUGGAGCAUCCGAAGCUGCUGCGAUUGUACGCGACGUUCGAGCUGCCGAAGGAGAUCAUCAUGGUGGUGGAGUACAUCUCCGGCGGGGAGCUGUUCGAGCGCGUCGUAGCGGACGAUUUUACGCUCACCGAGAAGGACUGCGUGAUCUUUGUGCGGCAGAUCUGCCAGGGCGUCGAGCAUAUGCACAGCCGACAGAUCGUCCAUCUGGAUCUGAAACCGGAGAACAUCAUGUGCGCCACCAAGACAAGCCAUGAGAUCAAAAUAAUCGAUUUCGGUUUGGCCCAGCGACUGUGCGCUUCCACGCCGACGCGUGUCCUUUUCGGCACGCCGGAGUUCAUCGCACCGGAAAUCAUCAACUACGAGCCGAUCAGCGUGCAGUCGGACAUGUGGAGCAUCGGCGUGAUCUGCUACGUACUGCUGUCCGGGCUGUCGCCGUUCAUGGGCGACAACGACGUGGACACGUUCAGCAACAUUACGCGGGCCGAGUACGACUUCGAUGACGAAGCCUUCGAUCUGGUGUCGGACGAGGCGAAGGAGUUCAUCGCGGGACUGCUACGGGGGCGCCAGGAGGAACGGCUCAGUGCCCAGCAGUGCCUGCAGUCCGAGUGGCUGUCGCUGAAGGGUGGCGACAAUGUCGGCGUCAACCAGAUCCGGACGGAUAAGCUGAAGAAGUUUAUCAUCCGUAGAAAGUGGCAGAAAACAGGUAAUGCCAUACGGGCCCUCGGUAGGAUGGCAAACUUAUCCGCAUCCCGGCGAGUCUCGGUUGUGCCACGAGAAGGCAACCCCGAGUAGCUGACCCCACGAUCAUGAUGUACCUUUGCAGAUGCACUGCGAUAGUUACGUUGAACGCUGCAGUUUGUUAAUUGUUUUAAAUACCAAAUUCAAACUUCAAAUGUUAUACGUAAUCGUCCCCAUUUCAAAUGUUAAUUGUUAAAACUAUCGACUACUAUCGCCUCACAGAAAUUAUUAUGCGAAUAAAACGAUCAUUUUAGUGUUAAAACGCAUCGCCCAUUGUAACGAGCCGGCUAUCCGACCGAGCGCAUGC